UCAUUCGUGAGUAACGUCGUAAAAUCUCUUGCUGUUCGAGAUUUCCUCCUCUUUCACUCCCUGUGUCCAAGAUGGCAGUGGGCAAAAAUAAGAGAUUGACUAAAGGAGGCAAAAAAGGUGCCAAAAAGAAAGUUGUCGACCCAUUUUCCAAGAAGGACUGGUAUGAUGUCAAGGCACCGGCCAUGUUUAACAUUCGAAACCUCGGCAAGACUCUUGUCACCAGGACCCAGGGAACCAAAAUUGCCUCUGAUGGCCUCAAAGGCCGUGUGUUUGAGGUGAGCCUUGCUGAUCUACAGAAUGAUGAGGUAGCCUUCCGUAAAUUCAAGCUAAUUACAGAAGAUGUUCAGGGCAAGAACUGUUUAACUAAUUUUCAUGGAAUGGACCUUACCCGUGACAAAAUGUGCUCUAUGGUCAAGAAAUGGCAGACCAUGAUUGAAGCUCAUGUUGAUGUUAAGACUACAGAUGGGUACUUGCUGCGUCUUUUCUGUGUUGGAUUUACCAAGAAGCGCAACAACCAGGUCCGCAAAACCUCUUAUGCCCAGCACCAGCAGGUCCGUCAGAUACGGAAGAAAAUGGUGGAAAUCAUGACUCGUGAAGUGCAAACCAAUGACCUCAAAGAAGUAGUCAACAAAUUGAUACCUGACAGUAUUGGCAAGGAUAUAGAAAAGGCUUGUCAGUCCAUAUACCCACUACAUGAUGUCUUUGUCCGAAAAGUGAAAAUGCUUAAGAAGCCCAAAUUUGAAUUGGGCAAACUUAUGGAACUUCAUGGUGAAGGUGGUGGUAGUGGCAAGCCCGUUGGAGAUGAAACUGGUGCAAAAGUAGAGAGAGCGGAUGGUUAUGAACCCCCAGUUCAAGAAUCUGUGUGAAAUGUUCAUUACAGCUAAUAAACAUGUAAAAUUUU